CCUCCUCCUCCUUGUGAGACGGAGCUCCGCCGGAGGAGAGGAGGCUGCUGCCGCCGCGGAGGAGGAGGAGGAGGAGGAGGAGGAAGGUGAAGCGGGACCGGACCGGGGCGCUUGGUCGCUCCUCCUCACCGAAGCCCAGAGGGCUCCCUUCUUCCCCGCUUCCUUCCUCAACGACUCCUUUCUCUCCUCCCUUUAAGAACAAGCAUUCAUUGCAUUUCAGGGAGGUGUCUGUUGUUGUUGUUGUUGUUGUUGUUGUCUUAAACCUCCGCCCCGGGAUCCUAGGCAGCCCUCCUCUUCCUCCUCCUCCUCCUCCUGGGAAGGAAGGAAGGAAAGCCAGAUUCCCUUGCUCUCGGAAGAAGCCUUUGGCUGGCGUCUUGUCCAGCAGAACUCCCCUCUUAUCACAGCCAUGUUAACAGCAGGAUGAAGCUGGAGGCCGUUGUGGAACAGCUGCAGAAGCAGCAGCAGCAGCAGCAGCAAGCCCCUUUGCAGAUGGAUUCCAGAGAGAGACAGCAGAGGCAGAUGAGAGAAACCCAACUGCAUUAUGCGCAGCAGCUGACGGUUCAACAAGCUGCUCUUUCGGCCACAUCUGGCAAAGCCUCAGGUGGCCCAGCUCUUGGCCCUUCAACUCGAGUCCCACCUGUACUUGGGGCUGUCCGAACAUUUGAUCAGAGCAGUAUAAACUCGGAGGAGGAUGAGGAAGAAGAGGAAGGAGAAGAGGAUUUGGAAGACGGCAAUCUUGAGGACGAUGCUCCACGAACUGGGAAAGAUGCAUGUUCCGCUUUGAAGUACUUUCACGCUUCCAAAGUUGUCCCCCACAACCAAAGAGUGGCUUCUUCUUCAAAUCCCCUGCCAGUUUUAGGGCUACAGCGGGGACCACAGGGAAAGGAUGAGCAGGGUAAAGAGGCUGUGAAUACUCCAUAUUCUGGCUCCUCAUCUGGGAGACAGAACUGGAGAUUGGAUGAGCAACUCAAGCAGAAUGGGAGCUUGAGCUGGAAUGAAGAUGUUGAUGGCAGCAGAGGAAGAGAGGUAUCUCGAGACUUUGCCAAGUUGUACGAAUUGGAUAAUGACCCUGAACGGAAGAAAUUCCUGGACGACCUCUUCAUCUUUAUGCAGAAGAGAGGAACACCAAUCAACCGCAUCCCCAUCAUGGCAAAGCAGAUCCUCGACCUCUACAUGCUCUACAAGCUGGUGACAGAGAAAGGAGGUCUGGUGGAAAUCAUCAAUAAGAAAAUCUGGAGGGAGAUCACCAAAGGCCUUAACCUACCCACCUCUAUCACCAGUGCUGCAUUUACACUUCGCACCCAGUAUAUGAAGUACCUCUAUGCCUAUGAAUGUGAGAAGAAGUCCUUAAGUUCUCCCGCCGAGCUGCAGGCCGCCAUUGACGGCAACAGGCGGGAGGGCCGACGGCCCAGUUACAGUUCCUCCUUGUUCAGUUAUUCUCCUGCUGCCCCAGGGCCUCCUUCGCUCUUAUGUCCUCCAAAGAUCCGCUUCCCCAUUGUUAGCCUUGCUACUGGCAGCGGAACCAGCAACCCUCACUUCUCUUCAGCAGGCGCUCUCAGGAAAGGCGAUGGCAUCCCCCUGACUGUUUCCACGCCAAAUCGUAUUGCUAUGCCUGUGACUUUGGCAAAUCAGCAGGCCACAGUAGCCGCUGCAGCAGCAGCAAGAACAGCCACUUUGGAACAGCUGAGGGAGAGGCUGGAGUCGGGAGAACCAGCAGAGAAGAUUGCACGGAUGACUGAGGAAGAGCAGCGAUUUGUCCAGCAGGCAUUUCAGCGGAACCUGUUCAGCAUGGCACGGCAACUGCCCAUGAAGAUCAAAAUCAAUGGCCGAGAGGAUAAAUCAGAUUCAGCAGCGACAGCAGCCGCAUUAAAUUGGACACCAUCUGGCUUUGGAAGCAUUAAUAUGUCCGUGGAGAUCAAUGGGACAAUCUAUGCUGGAGUCCUGUUUGCUCAGAAGCCCGUUGUCCACCUCAUUGCCGGAUCAAGCGCACAGAGCACCGGUGGGGGCAGCAGUAGUUCUUCCCAUUGCUCCCCCAGCCCCACAUCCUCCAGGGGCACACCCAGCGUUGAGCCCUCCACCAGCUGGUCUCUUUGAGUGGGGAGCUGGGAAGAGCAGUCUUGCACUCUCUCUCACUCCUGAAAAUGGCUCGUCUCUGCUUGAAUGGAAUUCUGUCGGUGACCUCGCCUUGAGGAACCCGCUUUGCAACUGGCCUGCUGCAAAGAACCCACAACUCUGUGGCUGACAAGGUUCCCAUCAGGAUGGGCUUUGCUGCCCAUGUAGCCUUUCUUCAGGUCUUGCUGUGUCCCCAGUGGAAAAAAGAAGGGCAGUGGGGUUGGGCGGGGGGAUGUUAGGAAAGGGACACAGGGCGUGUUUCAAUCAGGGAUUCUCUGGACAGGUUGUGCAUUUUUGUAGAUGACUGAGUAUUGCCAUGGUUGCAAAACAGCCAAGGCACCAAAUCCCCCCCCCCCCCCGAUGCUCCAAACAUUUCUUUCUUCUAACAUGACUGCGGUGUAUUGACAAUCCUACCCCCAAAGGCAGGGGGGAAAUGUAGCUCUUUAGUCUCUCUUAGCCCACCCUUACAAUUCCUCUCUGCACUUUGCUCCACACAAGGGGCUGCACACUCCUUUUUGAUCCUGGCUAUAAAACACAUUCCCUUUUUCUAUCCCUAGCCCAAAUCCAGUUGUUACUCAUAACCUAAGUAGAUCAUUUGAAUCAGUAGGAUUUACAUAAGAGUUAACAAGGGGCUAAAUCCAGUUGCUAGUCCCAAAUGGAGUAGAUCCAUUUGAAGCAGUGGGACUUACAUAAGUGUUGACUCCAGUGUUUACAGUGAUUCAGUGCAGCUACUUUAGUAGGGAGUAACAAUUGGAUUUAGCACUUGCCAUACAGCAAGGGUUCUGUGCUAAAUGGCACCAGCAAUAGGAUGUAGGUUCCUAUUUCCUCUUCUUUCCCUUGACUUCAGUCUGCUGCCUUCCUCUGGAGGAUGGCCAGAAGUUCCUUUUUAGCGUUGCUUCAUUUUAAUAUAUUUGGGAAGCAGAGCAGAGCUUUUAUUUCCUUUCCAGACUCUGAAUAGAAUUGGAAUGCUCUGUACUGGCCCCCCCCCCCCCCCCCCAGGCUUAGCUUCGGACAAGGAUUUUCUGUCCCAGUACUGUGAGUCUGCUCCAUGGCUGACCUCUGUCAGGCCUUUCCCUUAACAUAUUAAGCUGUGACAUUCCUUCACAUCAUUCUCUCUAUUGCAAAGAUGAAUGGAGACAUGGAUUUGUGGUAAAAAAUAUAAUUGCUUGUCAAAAAGCUAAUGAUACAGGUGACUGGAGAUUACCCCUGGGAAGCAGUCGUCAUGCUUCUUCUAUUCCUUCCUGUCUCACAGAAAUGUAACAGUAACUUAGAUAUCUUGACGCUGAAAGUACCAGGUAUACCUUUAUUACUGCCUGUAAUCCAUCUCUCACUAUAAUUUAGAGCCCCACCUUUUUUGCGUAACAUGUGAAAAGGGAAGGAAGUGUUGGCUGCUUUCUGAGAACAUCCCUAGGUGACUGCAUUAUAGUCUUGCAACCCAAAGCUUCCACGUUCCUUCCCUAUGACUUCCCUUUUAAAAUCUAACAUGGAAAUUGGACAUUGUUGGAGCUACUGCUUUCCCCAAACAUGAACUUCUCUGCUCUAUUUUUCCUGACACUUCCCUUGAGCCCUAGCUUGUUUCUGCUUAUUCCUUUUAGGUGACCUUUCCUAGCCAUCCAUGGGGUUGACAGCCCAACUCCAUGCCAACAGGGAUCAGACCUCCCUCUCUUAACCCUGGAAAAUCUCAGUCAUCCUACAGACUUGCAUCAGCUUCUCCUGAGCAGAUGAAAUACCUCAGAAAUAUGUACUUAUUGCUGUGUUGUUGGUUUUUAUUUCUCUUCUGGAAGGAUUUGCAUAUGUUAAAGCUUCUUUUUAUAUGUCUUGUUGACUGCUUUUUAUUUUUAAUUUUAUAUAUUGUAGCACCAAAGAUACACCAAAAAUAUGAAUGAAAGAAAGACAGAAAGGAAAAGAAAGGAA